AUGCUCAGAGACGCCUUACUCGGACUACUGCUGCUGGGCUGCUGCGCCCUGGCCCAGAUGCCGCCGCCCUAUAACCUAUACGGCGCCCUGGCCUAUCCGCCUCCGCCACCACCACCGCAGUACUACGCGCCUCAACCGCCGCCGCCUCCACCGCCCAGUUCUGUGACGUACUCUUCUUCUGGAAUGUAUCCGGCCGCAGCGUCGCCUUACCCUACCUAUGGUCUUCCACCGCCGCCCAUGUAUCCACCCCCUUACCAGACUUUCUCCGGAUCUGGACCCAUGGGAGAUCCUUUCACGACGACGACCGGGUAA